AUGAGGCGGACACCACCCCUUUUGCCCCUCCCCUUCUUCCUGCUGCUGGGCACCGCCGCCUCGGUGGCGCCUGCCAGCGGAGGUGCCGCCCCUUUCCCUCAGGACCUGGAGCCUAUCAACGUGGUCGGACGAGAAACUUCCUACUUGUUCCCCAGCUUCCAAGGCUUGCUGGAGGACAAUGACACAGAACGUUUGGGUCUGGACUUCCAGAGGAUGCUGAGGAUCAACCACAUGCUCUACAUCGCCGCACGGGAUCAUGUGUUUGCCAUCAACAUGGCGGCCUCGUCGGACCGCAUCGUCCCGCAGCAGAAACUGACCUGGAAGACGAAGGACGUAGACAAGUGCACCGUGCGCGGGAAGAAUAGUGACGAAUGUUACAACUACAUCAAAGUGUUGGUGCCCCGCAACGACGAAACGCUGUUCGCGUGCGGAACCAACGCUUUCAACCCGACCUGCCGCAACUACAAGAUGUCGACUUUAGAGCAGGACGGCGAGGAGAUGGUGGGUCAGGCUCGCUGUCCCUUUGAGUCGCAUCAGUCCAAUGUUGGACUUUUUGCAGGAGGUGACUUCUACUCGGCCACCAUGACAGACUUUCUGGCGAGCGACGCCGUCAUCUACCGCAGCCUGGGCGAAAGCCGCCCUGUGCUACGGACUGUCAAAUACGAUUCCAAAUGGCUGCGAGAACCUCACUUCCUUCACGCCAUCGAGUACGGCAACUUUGUCUAUUUCUUCUUCAGCGAGAUCGCCGUGGAGUACACGUCGCUAGGAAAGGUGGUUUUCUCCCGAGUGGCUCGCGUGUGCAAAAACGACAACGGCGGUUCUCCUCGCGUCCUGGAGCGCUACUGGACGUCCUUCCUGAAGGCUCGCCUCAACUGCUCCGUGCCGGGCGACUCCUUCUUCUACUUCGACGUCCUGCGCUCGCUCACCAACGUGCUGCAGAUCAACCGGCGGCCCGCCGUGCUCGGCGUCUUCACCACGCAAGCGAACAGCAUCACCGGCUCGGCCGUGUGCGCCUUCUACAUGGACGACAUCGAGAAGGCCUUCGGCGGGAAGUUCAAGGAGCAGAAAAAUAGCGAAGCGGCCUGGACGCCCGUCCCCGACGAGCAGGUCCCCAAACCGAGGCCCGGUUGUUGUGCCGGCGAAGGCUCUGCCGCGGACUUUAAGACGUCCACCGCCUUCCCCGACGACACUUUGACAUUCAUCAAGUCCUACCCGCUGAUGGACGAGGCCGUGCCUUCCGCUAACAACAGGCCGCUCUUCACCAGGACCACCAGCAGGUUCAAGUUGACUCAGAUGGUGGCGGACACGUCGGCGGGUCCGGACCGCAACUUCACGGUGCUGUUCUUGGGUUCGGAAGAUGGACGGGUUCUGAAGGUUCUCACCAGCACCGACGGAAACAACCAGACGCUCGGCACCACCGUGCUGGAGGACAUCAGCGUCUACAGCCACAACAAAUGCAACGUGAGAGGUGAGGACAGACGCGUUUUGGGUCUGGAACUGGACCGGGACCACCACGCACUCUUCGUGGCCUUCUCGGGCUGCGUCAUCCGCGUGCCUCUCAGCCGUUGCGACCGCUACAGCGACUGCAAAACACACUGCCUGUCCUCUCGUGACCCAUACUGCGUGUGGUUGAAGGCUGGGAAGUGUGUCGCCGUCACGCCAGGGUUAAAAGGCGCCUUCGAGCAGGAAGUGGAGAAUGGUGCUUCGCUACAUUCUGACACCUGUCACGAUGUCCUGGCAACAACGCGCAAGCACAACACGCCUCUGGACACGGCUUACGGGAAGGCCACACCCGCGAGCGGCGCGGCGUCCAAUCAAAAGGAGGCAGGUGACCCCCAAAGAGGUCCGGUUGCGGAGGGCCCUCCCUACCAGGGGGAGCCAGGGUCACCUGACUCGGAGCCGAUCAGUGUGGAGAUGGAGGGCGUCCGGCGCCCCCCCGAGGCAGACAAGAGCAACCACAGCGUCCACUACACGCUUCUGAUCGCCUGCGUCCUGGUGGCUUUUGUGCUAGGCGCCUUCCUGUCGGGCUUUUUGGUGUCGUGCUACUGCAACCGCGGCGCCCACAAGGCCCGCAAGCUCCCCAAGGACCCCGAAGUCCAAAUCCCGCACGCGCUCUCUCUUCGCAGCCUAGCUAAACUCAACGGCCUCUUAGAGGGCGGCACCGGCAAAGAAGACAAACUGGAAGCGUCUUCGCCGAAGAUCUACAGCUCUUUGUUCUCCAAAGAAGCCCCCAGGAGGAGCGGCCACCACGGGAUGUCCAUGGGGGACCUGGUCCUGCCGCACCACCACCACCUGCGCUCGUCCUCGGAGCUCUCCGGUCUGCCAACGCCGGACUCCACCCCCGAGCUGCCCAUCAAGAGCAUGAAGGCGUUCCGCAACCAGUGGGAGAAGAACCACAACUGCAACAACGCGUCUCGUCCGCCCUCGGCACAGGUGUUUCCCUCCUAUGGGGCGUCGCGCCUCACCGAGGACCGCAAAGAGCGCCCCCCGCCGCAGCAUCCCGGCUACGCCCACAAGGUGAUGGAAGUCACCUCGUUGGAUGAGCUGCUCAAGCACAUCCACGAGGGCGGCGGCGCCAAGACCCCGCAGCUCAUCGGGCCGGCGGGGGUGCGACACGGGGGCGCGCACCUGCCCUACUCCGGUCGGGUCCAACCCCACAUCCCGGAAACGGAGUCGGCGCCAUACUACAGCUCGUCCACGCUACCCCGCGACAGCCUGACCCGCCGCAUGGACGUCCCGCCGGACCCUCCUUCGACCUUGGAGCGCCGCCACUCUUCGUCCCAGAGGCAGUCCUUCCUGGGCGCCACCCCUGGAGGUGCUUCGGCGCUCCCCCGCCACCACAGCUUCAGCCAGCGCUUGGUGCCCCCCCACCAGCCGCCGCCCCUGCUGGCGCGCAUGAACUCCGCGGGGAGCGGCGAGGGCCACUUCCCCCUCCUCCCGCCGGGCUACUUGGCGCGCUACAACGCCGCCCAGCAGGACGGCCCCCUCAGAGGCGGGAACAACAUCCGAAGAGGACCCUCCCUAAAAGCCGACGCCCCGCCCAAGCCACUCUUUAUCCCCGCCUCCUCGCCGGUCAGCCCGCACGCCGACUUCAACUACUGA